AUGAUGAUGGAUCAGGGAGAGAAGCUGCUUCGCAAAAACGAGGCCUGUGCCUUGAUGGCAGGUGUUGACGCUGAGCUUGGCCUUGUCACCGUCCCAGCAGACACCACCAUUAAUCGCGGGUCGGGUCGUCGUCCGAUCCGAGACCUGGGCCUUGUCGCUGCCGUUACCACUGCUUUUGGGACCGUUCACAGGAAGAAAAGGAUGGCCAGGCAGAGGAGGUCUUCCACCGUGUCCAUGAAUCUCCCUCCGCCACCUCCUCCUACUUCCUCGUCCUCGCACGUGCCAAUCUCCCCGCUUCGAUCUCACAACAAUCCUCUCCCCCCUCCACGUGAAAUUGAUCAGGGUAGGUUGAGAUUCCUUUUCCAAAAGGAGCUCAAGAACAGUGACGUAAGCUCCCUCCGGAGGAUGGUGCUCCCAAAGAAAGCAGCAGAGGCUUUCCUUCCCAUCCUUGAGUCUAAAGAAGGAAUUGUUAUAAGCAUGGAUGAUAUAGACGGUCUUCAUGUCUGGAGCUUCAAAUACAGGUUUUGGCCUAACAACAACAGUCGGAUGUAUGUACUUGAAAAUACUGGGGAAUUUGUUAGCACACAUGGCUUGCGUCUUGGAGAUUCCAUAGCGGUUUAUCAGGAUAAUCAAACCCUUAAUUAUGUGAUCCAAGCUAAGAAGGCUUCUGAGCAGGACGAUUUUAUGGGCAUAUCUAGUGAUGAUAACAUCAAUGAUCUCUUUCUACAGGACUAUGAGGUUAACAAGUCAAACAGUCUAAGUGUGAUGGCCUAUCCCACAAUGAAUGACACAGAUCACAUGUCAUUCAUCUAUGAAACCACAUUCUCAAAUGAUUCUCCACUUGACUUUUUGGGAGGAUCAAUGACCAGUUUCUCGAGAAUUGGAUCAGUCGAGACCUUCGGCUCGGUCGAGAAUUUGUCGCUCGAUGACUUCUAUUAA